GGCAGGCGGCGCCUCUGCUGGUUAGGAAAAUUAGCAUCACCGAAGAAGUCAUUGCUUCUGAUCAUUACUCGAAACUAUGGAUCAGAAGAUUCCCUAUGAUGACUACCAGCUUCCGGUGGUCUUCCUGCCCUCUUAUGAGAACCCCCCAGCAUGGAUCCCCCCUCAAGAGCGGAUUCAUCACCCAGACUACAACAACGAGCUCACCCAGUUCCUUCCCCGCACCAUCGUCUUGAAGAAACCUCCAGGAGCUCAGCUGGGCUUCAACAUCCGCGGCGGAAAGGCCUCGCAGUUGGGCAUCUUCAUAUCCAAGGUGGUUCCAGACUCUGACGCCCACCGCGCAGGACUGCAGGAGGGAGACCAGGUUCUUUCAGUAAAUGAGGUGGAUUUCCAAGACAUAGAACAUUCCAGAGCUGUAGAGAUUCUGAAGACCGCACGGGAAAUCCUGAUGAGAGUUCGCUUCUUUCCUUACAACUACCAGAGGCAGAAGGAGAGGACUGUCCACUAGGUGGCGCCAGAGAAGAAGAAAGUGUCUGACAUUGCCCCCCCCCCGAUAUUAUUUUAACAAUGCCCUCUACAAAUAUGGGACAUUUGACUACUUUGAAGUUGUAAAACAUUGUAGCAGGACAUGUAUAGUAGAGUAUGUGCAUGUAAAGCUAGUCUUUAUCAAACUAGCUUGCCAUUAAGCAGUCAUGCUAACCCGGCUUACCCUUGAAAGGAUCUAAUGGAUCCAUCAUCAGCCCCCCUGGUCGUGGCUGUAAACAACACUGUACAAGUAUAAGUGUAAGUAGUAAACAUGUGAGAAGUACUUGCGAUUGGGCCUGGCAAAGUGUGGCUUCUGGAUCUCCACAAGUUCAGACAAUCCCGGCGUCUCCCACGGUCAAAGAGGGCUGCUUAUCCGGUGCGAUACUUUCCAUCCAUGAAGAUCCCAAUGAUGGCUCUCGUCCCGGGUGGUCUCUGUCCUAUUUCGUUUUUUCUCAGAGUCCUUAAGUGUGUUUUUCCCUCGUUACUUGGCUGCACAAAUACCGCGUAAUGAAUGAUUCCCCCUGGGUGGGAGAUGGAAUUGGAAGUACUGAAGGCAACGCUAGGAAACAAUUCCAAUAUGACAGCAGCCAUUGGCAGCCACCCGCGCUUGUUUACCGCUUCACGACGCCAUUUGAUGAGGUCAUCAUUUGCGCGCCGGUAAAUAUCAACGUAGAUUGUUUUGGGUGCAGAACACUCACUGCGUUUGUGAAUGAGUGGACGGGAGGAAUCAACUCGCAUUUCUUUCUUUCCAAUGUGGCAAUGUCGACGAUGACGUUUCGCGUAUUAUUAUAGGGAGAAACUCAAGAAAAACUAAAGAAAUAAAUGCCAUUUUCAGGUAUUUAUUACGAUACUGUCCUGUUUGUUAUAUUGUAAAUCACCCUGCUACCUCAAUACAGUAGGGUUUCACAGAAAUACAUUUCUUCAAUUCUUUAUUUGAUCAUUUCAUGAAUAAAUUCAUUAAAUGUCUUAUAUUGUUUGUGCUAUGAUAUUAAAUACUCCACU